UGUAGCGGUAAAUAAUUCCCCAAAAUUAUUAACCACAGCAAUCAUCACUCAACAUUGGAUGCUGACCAUCACUGUUUAAGUCGACUUGUUUAGCUGAAGGCUUACGGUCAAGCAUCCCCGCCAUUUGGUGCUUCGUCGUGUCACGUGCGUGCACGAUUACUAGCUAGCUAAGCAUUCAUUCCUACCCGCGAUUUGGUCCCAAAAUAUAUAUCGUAUUUGGACGACAAAAUCUGGUCUUUUGCUUUACCAUUUGGUACUCGAAGAACGAACACUAUAGUGGUUGUUGGUAUAAGAUCUUGCGUUAGUAUAAUCCGUACAACUCGCGAACGUCAAUACCGUAAAUCACUAAACUGGUGAGCCCAACCACGAACUACAUCUUCAAUUCACACGCAGAUAAACCCGGUGAGUUCGUUCCUUUUUGUGUUUAUUCUUGUACUAUAUUGUUAUCGGCAUACUUUUCGUCAUGAGUGAUCCUAGCCCCAAGGUUAUUCAGAUUCGCUCAACCGCCAAAACAAUUCAGCUAGUACCAUUUUGGCCAGAUAAUGCUGAAACGUGGUUUCAGAUUGCUGAGUCUGAUUUUUGUGAACAUGGCAUAACCGAUCAACGUUCACAGUUCCUUGCAGUUAUUCACGCCCUACCGCGGGAAUUCAGCAGGUGCGUAACUCUGCAGAUGUCGGUAAGUAACUCGUACGAGUUGCUCAAAGCAUCCAUCCUCAAGAGAAACGUUCUCACAGAUCGACAACGUCUGGAUGAGUUAUUUCGUAACAUCGAGUUAGGAGAUCAGUCAGCUGUGAGCAUGCUGGCAAGAAUGAAAGAGAUCAUUGGCCAAAGUCAGUUCGAUGAAGGACUGUUCAGAGAACUAUUUUUAUCCAAACUGCCACAGUCAGUUCAGACUGUACUUGUGACACUUCAGGGUGUUCUCAUAGAUGAUUUAGCUGUCUCUGCAGAUAGAAUUCUAGAGAUAACGAAACGGCCAGUUGCCGAAGUAUACUCUGUUACCGAACAGACUUCGAAGAAGGAUUCUGCAAUGAUAGAGUUAAUCAACUCCGUCCAGCAGAUGCUUAGGUCAAACAAGCCUAGCAAUUCCUCCUAUCGUCGUUCUAAAUCCCCUCAACGGCUAAACGCACGUGGACGAUCUAAGUCCAACACACGUUCUCUCAAAAAUCCUGACUGGUGUUGGUAUCACAACACCUAUGGCAAGGAAGCGAAAUGUUGUCGAAAACCUUGUGAUUUCGACAAAGCCUCCAAGUCUGUGGGAAACUAUCCCGCCGGCACGCGUUAGCGGCAACCGUCGCCGGUGGCACUAGCCGCUUACUUUACAUCCAUGAUGUAAUGAGCCAGACUAGAUAUCUAGUCGACACAGGCGCCGAAGUCAGCGUCCUUCCUGCUACAGCAGCAGAUCGACAGAAGGAUCCUAACUUCAACCUACAGGCUGCAAAUGGAAAACCAAUUGCAACCUAUGGUCGGAAAUACGUCUAUCUGAACGUAGGUUUACGCAAACCUAUUCGGUGGAUUUUUCUGAUCGCUGACGUCACAAUGCCCAUCAUCGGCACGGACCUACUUAAUCAUCAUGAUUUGCUCGUAGACGUCCGCCGUAAACGAUUAAUUGACAACACUACUAGUUUGUCUAUCAAAGGCAUAACUUACGUAGGCCCCAGCUUGUCAAUCGUUAAGAUGAAAGCAAUCCUCGAUCCAACUUUUCAACCGAUUGUUGAUAAAUAUCCGGAACUGAAUUGCCCAUCUAACGACCUCCCGUGUAUAACCAGCAAUGUUAUGCACCACAUCAUAACCUCAGGACAGCCCGUGACAUCUAAGGCACGACGACUGGCCCCUGAUAAACUGAGAAUUGCCAGAAACGAAUUCGAUCAUAUGCUCACCCUUGGCAUCAUUCGGCCAUCGAAUAGUCCAUGGGCAUCCCCGUUGCAUAUGGUACCGAAAAAGGAUAGCAACGAUUGGCGACCCACUGGUGAUUACCGGCGAGUGAACGCCAAAACAACCCCUGAUUGCUACCCUUUGCCUCACAUACACGACUUGACGGCAACAUUAUCUGGAGCAUCUAUAUUCUCCAAAAUCGACUUGGUUAAAGCAUAUAACCAAAUCCCGAUGGCAACGGAAGAUAUUCCGAAAACGGCUAUCAUCACGCCUUUCGGACUUUUCGAAUUUCUACGUAUGCCAUUCGGCCUCCGGAAUUCGGCCCAAACAUUCCAACGCUUCAUCGAUGAAGUAUUUCGCGGUCUCGACUUUGUAUACGCAUACUUAGCCGACUGCUUCAUUGCCAGUCCAGAUAAGGAAACUCACCUUAGACACUUGGACUUGGCAUUUGAAAGGUUACGCCAACAUGGUGUUACCAUCAAUAUACAGAAGUGUCAGAUAGGCGUUGACUCACUCGAUUUUCUGAGUCACACUAUUGACUGUCAGGGCAUUCGCCCACUGGCUACUUCGGUCGAUAACUCUAAGAAAACGCGUUCUGGACGUCACGUUAGAUUUCCAGAAUACCUUCACACCUAUCUCACAUAACUGAGUGACACAUCAAUUUUUUUUUAUGUUGCGUCAUUUAACACAAGUAAAUGAUAUUUUUCCUAUAACCGUACAUAAAAUUAAAUUAGAUGUAUAUUUUUUUUCCCGAUAUUUU